AUGACGUCGCCUCUGGUCGCAUUGCACAAUCGCAGACUCUGCACUUCCGGUUGUCCACAGCCGACGACGGGCCGCGGUUUUCUUCAUUUCCGGAAGUGUUUCCAGAAUAUUGGAAAAGGAAUUGUUGAUACGACAUGCCACCUCCUACCGACCGGAGCCCCGGUACGCGAGCGAGGGAACUUCCGGGUUCCAAGGUUUCUCGGUACAACAGUGGAGAGUUCUUCCGUACUGCCACUGCUACAGAGUCUGGUGCAACAACUGAGUAUGCUGGGAAAUCGAAGCCCACGAAGCGGCCUGCUGUCGUUUGACGAAGCCAUGCUUUGGCGCUCGUUCGACCCGCCGUCACGGACAGUACUGCAGACGACAGUCCGUACCUCAGUCGACUUCCUGUUCAGUCGUCUGGAGAAACUGCACGGCCGGAUAUUGGUGUGUCGCGCCUUGGGAUAUUUUACCUUAGCCAAUAACGAAAUCACCGAGGUGGAGCUUGAUGACGUGUUGUGAUGCGAUGAUGACGUAUUAAAUGACGUCUACACCUACUGGACACCGCCCAUGCGCAGACUGCCCCUCUACUUCUCGUGUGCAUACGGGCGGACAUCGACCAAUAUAUCGAUACUGAGCUUUACUGUUAUUUUCUCGUUUGAAUUUAAUGUUUUACGAACGUCGAACUGAUGAGAAGACAAUGAUGUUAUAUGUACUAUGGCGAUUUAUAUUGGGAUUUCCAAUUCAUUAUCAACAUCGCAUAUUAUUAAAAUUAAGAUAAAGCGGUUAUCGCAACGCGGUUGAACGUCUGCCUUAAGAACUUGUGAUCAUAUAGUUUCGCUACCACUUGAUGCUUUCUGAUUUGUUUUCAGCUGAGAAACACUUUGUUCAACUUUCUUUAAGUGACUUGCUUAUGACUUUUGCA